CCCUGCAUGAUUGUAGGCGGACCGCGGACUCCGGUACUCCGGCGAGCUGCCCGCCCAGCAUCCCUGUUGAAACUUGAAAGCCGCAGUCAAGCUCUUCAAAGCCUGGCGUUCCCUGUUUCCAACUCCCCCUCCCCCCUCGUCCACCAUGCCGCUGCCGUCACCACCCGCCCGUCUGGCCGUUCCGACCGCCCUCCUACUCCUCCUCGCCACCACCGCCUCGGCGGCCACCUUUACCUGCACCGCGCCGCCGGGCACCACCUGCCAGUCCUCCAUGGACUACCGUACGAUCAACGCCACCACCAUCGGCGCGCUCGCCUCCGCCUUCAACACCACCACCCUCACGAACCUCCUCGGUGCAAACGGCCUUCCGUCCACCACACCGUGCUCCUUUGUCGUCCCCGCCAGCUCCACGCUCCGCAUCCCCUUCCGCUGCCUCUGCGCCGGCAACGGCAUCGGCCAGUCGGACAAGCUGCCCGUCUACACCAUCCAACCUCGGCUGGACUCGCUCGACGCUAUCGCCCGCAACAACCUCUUCAAAGCCUUCGUCACCUACCAGGAGAUCGCCACCGCCAACAAUAUCGCCAACGCCAACUUUAUUGAGGUCGGCCAGAAGCUCUGGAUCCCGCUGCCCUGCAGCUGCGACCAGGUGGACGGCUCCGAUGUGUUACACUUUGCUCACAUCGUCGCCGGCGGGGAGAGCACCUCGUGGCUCGCCGCCGCGUUCAAGGUAUCGGAGUCCACGCUGCUGAAGGUCAAUAAGAUCACCGACCCCAGGACCGUUCAGAAUGGCCAGAUUCUUGAUGUCCCGCUCCCUGUUUGCAGUUCAUCGAUCAGCAGCACCUCGGCAGAUCAUGAUCUGCGCCUCGCGGACGGCACUUACGCGACCACCGCGCAGGACUGCAUCCGCUGCAGCUGUCGUUCAGACACAUACCAGUUAAAUUGCGUCCGGGAGGAGAACAAUAGUCGGUGCCCGGCACCACCUCCGUGCAGUGGAGGGCUACAGCUUGGGGAAACGAGCGGCACUGGUUGCGGAUCCACCAAGUGCAGUUACAGUGGUUAUUCCAACAACUCGACACUCAGCAUACAGACCACUCUUGUCAGUAACCAGGCUACACCAGCAUGCCAGAAUUCUCCGUCUCCUCACAGAUCAACUCGGCUUCUGAUCGGCGUUUCUGUCGGUUCUGUGUUGUUUUUGUUGAUUCUUGGCACCUUGAUCUGGCUCUACGUGCGGAAGCCACAACGAAAGCAUCGCAAGCAAGCAAAGGAGCAAAUGCUGGAGGAGAGCAAUUUCUUGGACGAUCAGGCCAUGGAUGACGACUUCGACAAAGGGACCGGGCCUAGGCGGUUUCCCUACAACGACUUGGCCAUCGCCACCGACAACUUUUCUGACGACAAGAAGCUCGGACAAGGAGGCUUCGGGUCGGUGUACAGAGGUUUUUUGAGCGAACUAAACCUUGACGUGGCUAUCAAGAGAGUUUCCAAGGGAUCCAAGCAGGGGAUAAAGGAGUAUGCCUCUGAGGUGAGGAUCAUAAGCCGUCUUCGACACAAGAACCUCGUGCAGCUCAUCGGCUGGUGCCACCGUGGCGGCGAUUUGCUCCUCGUCUACGAGCUGAUGCCCAAUGGCAGCCUCGACGGCCACCUGUACGGCGCCAGAGAUGAUGUGCUUCCAUGGUCGGUUAGGCACAAGAUUGUUCUCGGAUUAGGCUCUGCUCUUCUCUACCUACACCAGGAGUGGGAACAAUGCAUCCUGCAUAGAGACAUCAAGCCAAGCAACGUGAUGCUGGACGCGUCGUUCAGUGCCAAGCUCGGGGACUUCGGGCUCGCCAGGCUGGUUGAGCACGACAGAGUUUCACUCACCACGGUGCUCGCCGGCACAAUGGGAUACAUGGACCCAGAAUGCAUGACCACGGGACGGACCAACACAGAGUCGGAUGUCUACAGCUUCGGCGUCGUCCUCCUCGAGAUCGCCUGUGGUAGGCGGCCUGUAGUGGUAGCUCAGCAUGAGGAGGACGCGAUCCACCUUGCGCAGUGGGUCCAGAAUUCGUAUGACAGGGGCAUGAUUCUUGACGCAGCCGAUGCACGGCUGGGAGGAGAAUUCGACGCCCGAGAGAUGGAGCGCGUGAUGAUUGUCGGUCUCUGGUGUGCUCAGCUUAAUUUCAAAUUGAGACCGUCUAUCAGGCAGGCUGUCAACGUGUUGCGGUUCGAGGCACCGCUGCCGAGCCUCCCUGCGAUGAUGCCUGUUGCAACAUACAUGCCGCCGGUUGGCAUAAGGAGUAGUACGACUUCGUCCCUAACAGGCGGGAGCAGCGGUGACACUUUUACACCUCCGGUGGCAGCAACAGCCCGACCAGCACACAGUCAAGAUUAUUGAGUAAAACAUCUUUCGGGGUUGGAAUGACGACAUGCCAGAUUCCAGAACACAAUUUUUUUUUCUAAGGAAUUCAACUAUGUUUUGGUAGCAAAGUAUAUGAAAAAUAGAAGUACUCCCUCUAUCCGAAGAAAGUUGUCUGAGAUUUCUCUAAAUUCGAAUGUAUUUAGACACUACAUAUCAUCUAGAUACAUUCAAAUUUUGAAAAAUCUUAGACGAGUUUCAUGAGACUGGGGGGUAUUAUAAAUCAAAGUACAUGAAAAAAGGAGUGCAUGCAA